UAGAAUUUUGACAUUUGUGUUUUGUAUUGAAGUUUUGUUUACAAUUAUUAUUUAUUGUUACACAUAUUUAUUUUAUAAUUUUUCCAAAUGAGUCAUGAAACCCAAAAUAAUGUUAAAGAAACGAGAGAAUUAUACUCUAUGUUUCACCAAGAAUAUGUCAUUAUGGCUGAAUACCGCAUGCUACAAACUGAGAAUUUACAAGGAAUAUAUGUAAUACCAUCUUACGAAAACUCAUUUUUGUGGUUUGGGGUCAUUUUUGUAAGAGUUGGGUUAUAUGACGGAGGAGUUUUUAGGUUCACACUAACCUUACCAGAAAAAUUUCCAGAUGAUGAAGUGCCAGUCUUAAAGUUCACUUCACAUUUGUACCAUCCAGCUGUGGACGCCAGCACAGGCAUCCUUAAUUUAACCGAGGUCUUUCCACAAUGGGACAGGAAAAGAAAUCAUAUUUGGCAAAUAUUUAAAUAUUUACAUUGGAUAUUUGACAAUUUGAAUAUGAAAGUGCCUACAAAUGUUGAAGCAUCUGCUGCAUACAAAACUAACAGAAAAUUGUUUAUGGAAAAAGUAAGAGAAUGUGUUGGGUAUAGUAUUGACCACGUAUAUGAUGAUCCACCAACAGAAGACAAACAUUAUAUAACAUUUAAACCAUACAAUCCAGAAGUGCAUGAUAAUGCAAAAAAUAUAAUGCUAAAAUCCCCUGAACUAAAUGACAGUGUAGCACAUGGAAUAUCUUGGAUUCAGCCGGGAUCAUUUCAACCUUUUUCUAAAGGAGAAACAUAAAAGAUGUAUUAAUAAAUUGGUCUUGUUUUAUGUCAAAAUGCUUCUAACCAUAUAUGAACCAUGAUUGGGGCUUGGACAAUAUUCACUGGUGAGCUUUAUUCUUUAUAGGGUAGCAGUCUAUUAUUGAUCAACCAGUUCCAAGUGUAACCAAAUUGUAUAUUAUUAUUUGGAGCAAUUCUAUCUGUAACUAUGUAAGACAUAAACUACUGAGUGUACUAAGGGGACUUGAUUAAAAAUUGUUAAUUUUGUUAAUCAAAUAUGACACUGGUACUGUAAAUUAACAAACUUUAGAGAAUCAUUUCAAAAGUGGUUUGCUAUUUAAUCUGGAAUUAGUUAGUGAAUUAGCUAUAUAUCUCAUUCAUUAAUUUCAAUUACAAUGUUAUGUUUAAUUCAAGAAACAGUGACAUAAUAUGCCACAUUAUAUAGUACCUAAUUAUUACAAAAAUGUAGAUUAAUUAACACAUUAUUUUAGUAUUACUUUUGUAUUGUUAUAGUACAAAAACUUUUGUGACAUCAAAUUAUAAUAUUGUUUUGUAUAGCUUAUGGUUUUGAAUGUUUUAAUAAGGUAGUAUAACUUCAAAGAAAUCCUCUCAUAUUUAUAAAUCAUAUUUCUUAUUUAUUAAUCUGCCAUAACUGACUCCUGUGAUAAAUGUGUUAUUGGUAGAUGUUGUAUAAAAUAAAAGACUAAUAAUCUUCAUUUAAUUAAUGUUAUGUAAUCACAGUACAUACCUGAUGUAUCUUAUUAUUAUUAUCUACAAAUUAUCUUAAUAUAAAGUAAUAAAAUGUUAAUCAGAAA